UCCGAACCCCCUCCUUCCUCCAGCCCUCCUCCUUUAUCCUCGUCUUCUCCCCUCUUUUAGUCAAGUGUUCGUGGUCCCCACAUUCCCACAGCAACUCAGAGCCGUGGAGCGUCACAUGCCACCAUGAGUGUCCUGCCGUGCAGUUUCCUCUUCGUCCUCUUCCUCUGCCUAACCGUCCUCACCGAGGCCAAGCGGCAACCCGGCGAGGCGAAACCCGACAAACCCCGCACGCCUCCGCCGUCCCCCCAAACGGCCAAGAGACCUAGAAAUCGCUCGGUGCCCGGCUCUGGAGAGCUGACCACCAAGGAGGGCCAUAGCUGCACCUGGCAGACGUCUGGUGAAGGCCUGGUGAGCCUGCUGGUCAACUGCAGCACUGAGACACUGGGAGACCCGCUGAGGUAUUGGUGUCGUUACGCCGGUAAACCAGACCUCUGCCAGGCCUACGGGGUGAAGUCCAGCCAGUACUGGAAGCAGCUGGUGGGCAAGCUGAAGAAGAGGCAGAACGCCUGCGAAGGAGAGAAAGUCCUGAAGGCCAAAACCUGCAAGAAGGCUCCCGCCGAGGCCCACAUGAAGCUCGCCCAACGCAGUGGCGAGGAGGAGAGGAAGGGGGGGAAGAAGAGAGGACCGCCGGCCAGCAAGAGCUCUGACGGAGGGAAGGCAGAGAGGAGGAAGAAGAAAGAGGAGGAGGAAGAGGAGAAGAAGAAGAAAGAGGAGGAUUGGACUGGGUUUGACGAGGAAGGAGUGGUGAACGACAUGGAGCCGGUGCAGAGCUACUGCAGCGAGGGAUGGCACUCCGUCUGCUCGUUCUUUGUCAAGUUUUUUGAGGGUUGAUGGGAAACGAUGAGGAAAAUGAAAAGCUCAUUUAUAAUACAUGAUGCAGCGAGUUCACAAUCUGAAAACAACCUGUAGAAAGAUGUUUUUUUUUAUAUAGCUAAGGAAACACCAGGCAGCUUAUUUGUAUUUUUUUUAAAUUUUAUUUUAUCUUCAACUUUGAACUGCUUAAUAGAGUAAAAGUGGAGAUUUCAGCCACAUUGACUUGGAUUUGGGCGUAAAACAAAACCCUUUUUUAACAUGAGCUUCUUCAUAAAUUAUGAACAUUUUACAAAUGGGACCACCUGGCAUCUAAUUUGCAAUGUUAUAGUGGAGCGACGAUUCAAACCUGGCAAUCUGAAUGAUAUAGAAUCAUUAAAUCAAACCUAUCAACACUGAAUGGAAGCCACAAUUCAUUAUAAAUGUGCCUCCCAGUCAUCACACACACACACACACACACACACACACACACUGACAUCUGCUGAUGUGGAGUGAUAAUGUAUUUUAAUGGAGAGAAAUGAACCAAUCUGAUUAAAUUUGACUCCAGUUUGAGUUAAUUGAGAAUAUUUAGCUUUGUCGUAUAAAGUGAGUUGUAGUUUUGCUCUCUAGAAAUGUUAAAUCAGCUGUAUAAACUGUGUAAUGUUGGAACCUUUUGACUAACAAAUAGAAGUGUUUUGUUAGUAGUGUUUUGGUGAACAAUCAGCCAAUGAUCAUCACUGAUGAUGAUGAUGAUGGCGAUGACAGUGAUUACUAGAUGAAUAGUUUAUUUUUGUGAUGUGUAACUAAUGUUUUCUAUAAACUUUGUGUAAUUGUUCUGUAAAAACAACCUGGUUAAUGUUGGAUGUGAUUUGUGUCAGUUAAGCCUGUCGGCAUUUUUUUUAUAUUCUUAACACUGUUUCUGGAAUUCUACAAUAAAAAACAAAAAAUGCUUUAA